UAGCGCCACCUAUCCAACACAGUGCGAAACCUUAAAAACAACCCAGCCAUUUUGGGGGGUGUUGAACCCCUGCGACACCCAGGUUCGUGGUCACACGAUUUUCUGCCUGUGGGGACAGUCCCCUCCGUAUGUGCCUAUCGAGUGUUGGGCAUAUUUCCGAUCCCGGCUAGUAGCCACAACGUCAUGUUCAAGGCCACGAUGCAGGCCCUGGCGGACAGCGGCCACGAGGUGGUGGACUUGAGCCCCUUUCCGCUGAAGCAGCCCCGCGCCAACUACACCGACGUGGACUUGUCGAAGGAGCUCCCGACCUACGUGAACAGCAUGAAGUUCACCGAAAUGGUGCACUCUGAGAAAAAAUGACGGUGUUCCAGACCAAGCAGUUCCAGGACAUCAUGAGUGGAGCCUACGGCAAAUUCGACGUUGUCUUCACCGAGAUCUGCGGCUCUGACUGCUGGGCCGUGGUCGCCCACAAACUGCAGAUUCCCCUGAUCAGCAUCGCCACGCAGCCCGACUUCCCCCACAUGCAUGCGAGGCUUGGGUCCGUGGACAACCCUUCGUACCUCAUCACGGCCUACGAGCUGAUGGCCGGCAAGAUGAACCUGUGGCAGCGGUGCCGCAACGUCCUCACCUACUUUGGAAGCAUCCUCCUUGACAAGGCCAUCCGCCAGUGGAUGGACGGGGCGGAGGACGGCGUCAUCGUCUUCUCGAUGGGCUCGCUGGUGCGCUCCAACUCGCUGCCCCAGGCCGUCAUCGAGGCCCUGCUGGCGGCCUUCGCCGCGCUGCCGCAGCGAGUGCUCUGGAAGUACGAAGGCGACGGACUGCAGCCGCCGGCCAACGUCAAGGUCGUCCCGUGGCUGCCGCAGCGAGACGUGCUGGCCCACCCGAAGGUGGUUGUCUUCAUGACCCACGGCGGGCUCAUGGGCACCACGGAGGCGCUGUCGCUGGGCGUGCCCAUGGUGGGCAUCCCUGUGUUCAUGGACCAGGGCCCCAACAUCCUGCUGUACCAGGAGAUAGGCAUCGCGCGGCAGCUGGACUACAGGACCAUGACCAAAGACAGUGUCCUGGCCACCCUGCGAGAGUUCACCACCUCCGACAAGUUCCAGCGGCGCGCCAAGAAAGUGGCGGCGCGGUUCACGGACCGGCCUCGGCGCGCGGCGAGGGAGGCGGUGUGGUGGACGGAGUACGUGGUGCGGCACCGCGGCGCGCGCCACCUGCGGCCGCUCGGCGCCGACCUGCCGCUGCACCAGUACCUGCUGCUGGACGUGGCCGCCGUCGUCCUGUCCAAAAAAACCAUGGGGCAUCCCAUGAGCCAUGGCGGUGCAUGGGACGCCAUGGGCACAUUCUUUCUAUGGGAACGAUUCCCCGUGAUUUUUGGAACAACUUCUCAUGGUGUCUUGCGACUCAUGGGGAAAAAUUCCAUGGAUCGGAGACUUUCAACGCACGAGCAGGACUGCCUUCCCAUGGGAAGUCUGAACCCAUGGAAAAGUUCACAUCAUGGGGGAGGUCCUCCCAUGGUGCUAGGCCUGCACCAUGGGAAACGACCUCCAUUUUGCAUGGCAUGCCGCUUGUCCAUGGUGCUGAACCGCAGUCUCAUGGGAUUUCAGUGGGCUGUCAUGGGAUUUGUGUCAUGGGAUCCCAUGCAAUCCAUGCUAGUCAGUCGCACGCUUCUUUGCCGGUUCAUGGUUGCCGUGGUCGACCAGGUGACCAUGGUGACUGAUAGUGGCCCUGGUGGACCUAGUGGGCCUGGGGGCAAUGGUAGCCCUUGCCCAUGGUAG